AUGGCUCCAAAAGGUCAAAAACCCAAGCGUGCACUUAAACAAAAGAAGACCAAAUUGGACAAACCUAGAGCAUCAUCUGCUAAAGAUGAUGAAGAACCAGAAAAUAUGGCAGGUCAAGCUCUAAAGCGAGGACAUUGGAGGGACGUGGAUCUGGAAGUAAACGUCAAUGCAGGAAAUAAUUCACACAUUAAAGAGGGUGAAAUGGGUUCAAGAGUUCCAAGAUAUAAGCCUUCAACUCCUAAGAUGCAUGAUUUCUGGAUUUCUAAUUCUCAGCAGCACCUCAUUGCUGGCUUUAAGCACUAUCAGUUUCCAAAUAUUAUUUUGGCUUUUGCAGGUUACCCAUAUAUUUAUCCUUUAGUGUUAACUUCCAAAACCCAGGAAAUAUUUGGCAUUCGAAUUGAGGAAGAUGUCACAGAUGAAAAACCUUAUAAAUUUAUCAAGAAAGAAAACAUUUUUUCGGAUUUUGUAAAUAGAGCUGCAGUAUCUGAUUUCUACCCACUCAAAAAAGUCAUCCAGGAAUAUCCUGGAGAUGAGCUUCUGGUUGUUUAUGAUAAAGACUUUAAAUAUGGACGUAACUUUUAUUUAAUUGGAACAGAAGAAGGCAAGGAAAUCUAUUUAAAUUCCCUAGAAGCACUAGAAGAACGAGAAGAAAUUAAAGAAAUUCCUGAAGACACAUAUAUUUAUAAACCACCUGUCUCUAAACCUUGGAUUUCAUUGGGCAGUGAAAAAGAACUUGCAGAAGAAUCAGUUAAGGAAUCUACAAAACAGAUUGCAUUUAUGAUUUCUCGAAAACGAUGCAACUUUGGUGCACCAGUUAAAUUCAAAGAUCACAAUGCUUCCAGUGUAAAGGAUGGCUACAUAGAAUGUACAUCAUAUUCAGAUAGAAAUUUUGUUCUUAAGAAACUUGAGAAAGAUAUUGGCAUGCAAGUAGUCCCCCAAAUCAGUAACACAAGUAGUCAAACAAGAUGGACAUAUCCCCAAAACGCUGCUACUCAGUAUUAUCCAAGAGAAUUUUCAGAAGAAGAAAAAGAGGAACUUGGAAAAUCAAAGCAUUUGGUUGAUUUCCUUGACAGUGUGAUCACAAGUGUUGAAAUAGCCCUGCAGCAAAAUGAAAUCAUGGACACCUUCUAUGAUGACUGGAAAUGUCUGGCAGAAGAGGAAGGCACCUUUGGGGACAAGACUGACACUCACCUGAAAGAAUACCAGUCCUUUACUGACCUACACAACUUAAUUGAGAAAAUGGUCACCUGCAUCGCCUGGCAUCCUGUCAUCUAUGGGCUAAUAGCUGUAUCAGUGGCUGUGCGAUUAACCUGUGAGGAAAGAAUCCAUUCUUCUGGUAAAUUGUUGCUGCAACCAUCACUGAUCCUUUUCUGGAGUUUCUCUGAUCCCAUACAUCCUCAGCUAAUGUUGGAAAGUCCAGAGGAUAUCUUCUGCUUCGAGUUUUGUCCAAGUGAUCCGAAUAUCAUUGCUGGAGGCUGCAUAAAUGGGCAGGUUGUCUUAUGGGAUAUUACUCCAUAUGCAGAACGCAUAGAAAACAUUAAGACAGGUGGUAGUCGAAGUAAAAAGGCUGUCCUCAAGCCUAUGUUUCUCCUUGAACCAGAGACUAAUACAAAAUCAAUACAUAUCCGGCACUGUGCAGUUUCCUCAAUAGAAAGUGGUCAUAGGAAAAUAAUCACAGAUUUACACUGGCUGUCUGAUACUUUUGAGCUUAACAGAAUGGGAAAUGUUUUUGAGAAUAGAAAUGGAGUCUCCUGUCAACUUGUCACAUGCUCUGCUGAUUGCACAAUAUGUUUUUGGGAUGUCAGAUCACAGAAAACUUUAGUCCCCCAACCAACCACUCAACCAUCCUCACAACCUCCUCAGCCACCAGAAAAAAAGAAAGAAGAAUUUGACGUUUCUAUAGAUGUGCCAUCUACUUUUCUACACUUAGAUCUCUCCUGGAAACCACUUACUAAGAUGAGAAUGUCUAAAGAUGAAACAACUUUAGAUCACUGCCCAACCAAGCUAACUCUGAGUAAAGACCAUUAUACAUACAAAGGACAAGCCCAAACCAAAGCAAUGAAAAUAGGAGAUCUGAGCCUGUACAAUAAUCUGGAAGUGGGGAUGACUGAACAGCUUAAGCCAAUAGAAGACUUCUGCACAAAGUUCUUUGUGGGAACAGAGGAAGGUGAAGUGAUAUACACAGAUUGGAAAAUGGAAAGAGACCCUGAAACUGGCCGUUUCUUGCCAAAGAAGCCAGCAUACCUCUAUGCUGUCCAUGAUGGAACUGUUCACACAGUUCAGAGAUCACCUUUCUACAAGGACAUCAUCCUCACCAUUGGGGGGUGGAACCUUGCCAUCUGGAAAGAAGGGGUUACAGCUGGACCUCUGCUUCAGUCAUGCUGCUCAGCAAAACGGUACACCUCAGGGCACUGGUCCUUGACUAGGCCUGGAGUCUUUUAUAUUGGCCGAGAAGAUGGAUACAUUGAUAUUUGGGAUCUAUUGGAGAAAACCCAUCAGCCAGCCCAUUCGCAAAAUAUUUGUAUAACUUCCAUUACUUUCAUCAAACCCUGGACUUUCUCUGUGAAGCAGCAAUUUAUAGCCAUAGCUGAUUUUUAUGGAACACUGCAUAUAUUAGAAAUUCCUUGGACAUUAAGUCACCCUUCCACCAAUGAGCUAUCAAGUAUGAACCACUAUUUUGAGAGAGAAGUCAAGCAUCUGGAAUAUGUGGAGCAGCGUAAAAUUAUUCGUGAAGAAGAAAAGGUGCAAAUGGAGUUGGAAAAUGAGAAGAAAAAAAUUAAAACAUAUAAGAAGACAAAAGAACAACUCGAUGCUGAAUUGAAAAUGGACUAUGAUGAGUAUUUAGAAUUGGAGCGGUCCAUCCUUCUCAAUCUUGGCCUGUCCAAAAUGCAAGAAAUAUAA